AGCAGCGCAUAUAUAUGUGCAGGGGAUCAGCAUAUCAUAACGCUAGAGCCCUCAUCAUCAACAAAGGCAAUCGCAGACAUGGGUAAAAUCGUGGUUGCCUUCGACCUGUACGGCACUUUGUUGUCAACAGAAAGCAUUGCGAAGGAACUAGCCUCACUUUUCGGUCAGGACAAAGCUACGUCGAUCGCAGCAGUAUGGAGGAAGUACCAGCUAGAAUAUACAUGGAGAUUAAACAGCAUGAAAAAGUAUGAAGACUUCUCGGCAGUGACUCGCAAAGCGCUGCUCCAUGCUUUGGCGGAACACAACGUUAGUCUGAACGAUCAAGACCUCAACAAGUUGAUGCAAGCCUAUGACUCUUUGUCCACAUUUCCGGACGUCAAUGCGGCUUUGAAACGAUUGGAGAAGAACUCCAGCAUUGAUUGUGUGGUCUUUUCAAACGGGACCGAUAAGAUGGUCUCGAAUUCGGUUAACGGGUCCGAAGAUCUUAGUUCUUCGGUGUUCAAGGACAUGGUCACGGUUGAAUCAGUCCAAAGAUACAAACCUGCACCUGAAGUAUACCAUCACCUUGCUGAAAAGGUCGGCAAGGUAGGAGAGAUGGACACUAUGUGGCUCGUAUCCGGUAACCCAUUCGAUGUCACUGGAGCUCGAACGGUGGGUAUGCAAGCAGCUUGGGUGGACCGAGCAGGAAACGGCUGGCAGGACAAGCUCGGUUUGGGACCAACAGUGGUAGUGACGAGUCUGGAAGAGGCGGCUGACGCUGUUGAGAAGCAUGCGGGGAAUGCACAAUAAAAUGUGAGGCAUGUUGCUAAGCUAGGCAGGAUCGUCCUGAUACUGUUCCGUAGCUGAAGGCGUCAUAGCCUCUCGACUCCUGCGAGCCUUCUCCAUGGAUGCCACCCACAAAGCACUCCCAGCAGCCGAGGUGAGCAGAAAGAACAUGCUCAGGACUGGAAUCAGCUGGAGAGCCAAUGCAACAGUACCGAACCAGGUAUACUUCAGCU